GGCUCCAGACCUGCGUGGGAGUGGACUGUACAGCGUGGCUCGCCGUCUGACACUGGGUCCACACACAGGGGACGUGGCACAACAAACUCACUCCUAUUAAAGAGUUAAACGACUCUCCGACAGAUUUGUUCCAACCAGUGCACCUUGCCGACAGUUACCCGGGACGAGGGUGUGUGGUGAUCGGUGAAGACGUGCCAGCAUAUGGAUUAGCAAUUAAAAACUGACAUACGUGUAAAUAAAGACAUAUCACAAGGAGUCGGUGAAUUACGUAAGAAGGAAAAAAAAGAAUGACAUAUGUGACUUCGUUUCUGCUAAGUGCUUAAGUUGCAACAAUAUCAUUCCUGGUUAACUAGUGUUUAGGUCUCGCGAUGGAAGGGUCGCCGGGGCCUUCGCCAUUGUCGUCGUCGUCGUCUGGAAUGUCCUCACUGCCUUGCUCGCCGGUGGAGGAGGAGCGGCCAAGCUCCUCCCUCAGUACAGCUUCCCGCUCCUCAAGGAUACCUCGCCUCACCCGCUCCGCCUCCCUCAGGAUAAAGUCCUCCACCUGUAAGGCUGCCUUCAGCAGCAGCACGCCCGAGACGAAAGCGGAGGGGAAGAACAGCAGCGACUCGCGACCUAGCUCCCGGACAGCUUCUAAAGGCAUCACCAGAUCUGCCAGCUUCGUCAGCUCGCGAGGGAUGUGCGGCCGCGCCUCGCCACCGUCCACCAGCCACCACCCCUCCAGCGCCGCCUCCACACACAACGGGCCCUCCAGAGUGUACGGGCCCUCCCUCACCCCAGAGACGCCCCGCAGGGUCUCCCUCGCCGGGGCCGCCUACAGCAGGAGGACGAACUCCCUCUCAGAGAGGAAGACUCACUCUUACGCCGGUCUUGGCGUCUCCUCUUGGCAUCCGAGUCUUAGCAGCCACCACCACCACCACUCCACCUCCACCAGCAACCAUAACCACCACCACCACCACCACCACUCCACCUCCACCAGUCACCACCACAGCCGCAGGCCCAACUUCCUCCCUGUUACGUCGUCGUCCUCUCCCGCCUUCCGCAACUCUGUCCCGGCCACUCCGGCGUCGCCACCGGAGACUCCUAAUUCGAGGUCUCCCGAUCUGGAUCUGGACGACGGUGAUUCCGUCAAGAGUUUUGGCUCUGUGUCUUCCGCCGUGAGUUGCGACGCGGGCCUGGCGCAGCACCGCCACUACUACAACCACCACCCCCAGCAGCAGCAACACACUUGCGGGGGCGGCAGUACCAACAGCAAGGGUGGCAAGAACCUGAAGUAUGUGCUUCACUGCCGCCACAACCACGAUUACGACCCCGAUAAUUACCUCACGCCCACACAACGGGCGGCUCGGCGCAUUCGAGAGCUGAAGAGCCAGCUUGCCGAGGCCCGGCGGGAGGUCCACGUGAGGGAUGCAGAGAUCUCCCGUCUCACUAGAGAGCUGGUAGAGCUCAGGCUACUGAAGGCGCGCUCCCAGCAGCGGGACGACGAGGCCGAGACAAACGCUAAAAGAGAGAGACAAACUUCCACAAAUACACCUGCUAUAUGCAAUAGCCCAGACCAACAAGGGGACAUACAGAGAUGUCAUACAACAGAACCUCGCACUUCUCCCUCAACACCUACCCCGAAGACCUCAGCCACGCCGUCCGAAGGAAGUGAACCAGAGCUCAGUCGCUUAAUGGAUAACUUGACUACUGGUACAGAACCUGGCACAGCACGUGUUCCAGUUGCUUCUCCUGCAGCAGGCUCUGUAGCAGAGACCACAGCAGAUUCUGUUGAUCUCACGCGAUCUCUGGCAGACUCUGGCCAUUAUGAUGAUCUCACCUCACCUUGCCUCUCAUCAAGGGAUCCAUUUGAGGCAAGUAGAGGAUCACUGAGAGGGCGGCGGAUUAUUGAGGAUGAAGAUGAAGCUGAUCCAUGGGUAGCUGUCGAGGAGACAGAAGCAAGGCUUAGAGAAGAAUAUGAAAGACGUGAAGACCAACUGAAGAGGAACCAUAUGGAUGAAUACCAUGAACUUAAAGAAAAGCACAAUGAUCGUGUGGAAGCUCUUCUUUCAAAACUUAGUGAUGCUAAUCUCAAAUACUUUGAAUUGCGACCAAUGUAUGAUCGAAGUCAGGAAAGAAUUCGUGAGUUGGAGCGUGAAGUAACGAGGCUGAAGGAUGAACUCACAGAAGCCGAGCUUCGUCAUCAGAAGAUGUACUUGCAGAUGUUCCUUAAAGGCCAGCAGGCAGCCAAGUUACAAGCUGAUGAUCAGGAUGGCGAAGAUGGAAGUCAAUCCUCUUUAUCCUCUGGUGGUCCCAUGGUGGACCUCAUGAAGCAAUUAUCACGUACAGAAGAAGAACUAGAAAAAAUAAAGGGAGCUGUACCCCUCUUGCCUUCCUCACUGUCUUCCCCUGUGAUCCGAGGCCUCUCAAAGGCUUCUCUUGGUGCACCAAAAGCAGCACUCUUGGACGGUAAACAAGCCAUCAGCUUGUACUUCCAGGGACGUAGACAGGCACUUUACCAUCGAGAGAUUGCAUGUCGAAACAACAACAACAACAACAGUAUAACUAGAAAUGGGGAACUGGACCCAGAAGUGACGCUUCAGUUUCUCAAGUCGGCCAUCUAUUACUUUCUCACAGAUAAGGACAACUCUAGGGGCCACCUGCGGGCCAUAGAGAGUAUUCUAGGAUAUACAGACAGUGAAAGAUAUAACAUUGAUAAAGUUGCUAAGUGAAAAGCAAAAAUAAAUGCAGAUAGCAAAUUACAUUGUAUAAACAUCACUGAUAUCAGUGUCUUAAAGCUAUUAAAUAGUUUAAGUAAGUAUAUUACUGUGAUUAAUUAUUUAAUGUUAUAAAUUAAAUUUUACAUCUGAAUCUUGUAGCCUGUGAUACAUGACCAGUAUGGGUUUGUGUUGAUGGGGCGCUUUGUCACUUGGCUACCUUUUGAGUUCAGACAUUUACUCUGCAUGUAGAAUGUAUCGAUAAUAUGGGGCCUUAGAGGUAUAGGGUAAGAUUUACUACUGUGAAUAACUUCCACAUGAGUUAAUGUAGUUAAAAUUCAUCAUGUGUAAUUGUACUAUGAUUAUUACUCUUCCCCAUAUAAAUGAGGAUUGUCAUCAUGGGGACUGCCUACACAACCAGAAUAAUUUUUCUUGUGUUAAAGGACACAACUAGGGUUUGAUUCCUUUAUAUGAAGCAAGUUGCGUUUGUAUUUGAUUUCGAUUUACUUUUAUAUGAAGUUGGCACCUAUUCACAUUGAGCUGGAAGUCUUGCGUUCUUACCGGUUUUGUUCACGCCAAUUAAAUUCCAGUAGUUCUUUGUGAUAAAAUGAGUGGCAAGUUAUGGCAAACAUUGAUAAAUUCCUAUUGGAAAAUGGGAAUACAAUCAGUGGUAUAUUGCUUCACUCCUCUUCGUGUUACUGUGAUUUUUUCUCUGUAAAUAUGUUAUGAGUUUGUACAUUUCCUAUAUAUAACAUGCUUAUAAAUUUAUAUGAUUUCUCUGCUAUUUCUAAAUUUGUAUUGGUUACAAGAGCCAACUGUGACUUCAUCAGUGUUAUGAGGACAAAUUGUGGCAAAACACUAUUUGUUCUAAAGAUCCUCGUGGAAAAUAGAUAUAUCUGAAGGGAGAGGCUAAGUCACUGCUCUUCAUUCUAUUGUAACUGCCAUCUCUGUUUAUACACACAGGAAGGCAAAUUUUUCAAAGUAGGUAUCUCUACAUGAACGUGGUUAGCAAGAAAAGAUAGUGUGCAUUUCUUUAAUAUCUUAUACAGUAUAUGCCCAUGUUUUUAGCAUGUUUUAUAAUAUGCAAGCAAAGAUGUUUAAGGAAAUAGGUUUUUCAUGUAUUUACUUUUUUUCUUUUUACUAAUAUAACUAUAGACAAAUGACUGACUACAGUUGUAAAUAAUUAUUUCAAAUUUGAUUUUACAAAGAAUUAUUUGAUACUAUUUCAGAUAGACUUACAAAUGUAAUUUUAUUUUCUGUUUAACAAAUUGUGAGAUCUCCUGAUAUUAAUAUUAAAUAAGAACUAAAUGCUGUCACUAUCCAUUAGUUUGUGUAUAGAUAGGCGUAGUAAUCUUUCAAGGGGUGGCAUCCUUGCAGUGCUUGGUGUACUUGUCAGUACUUUUGUCACCCCUCUCUCUCUCUCUCUCUCUCACUUGAUGACUGUACUAACUUUGUCUUAUUGCCCACCACUGUCGUUUUGCUCCAUCCCGUCUCCUUGCCUCCAUCCCUCUUUUCAUCCUUCCCCAUCCUUCUUCUCUUGCCGCCCCAUAUCCCUCUUAUCCUGUUCUUGUCUUGUCUUUUUGCUCCAUAUAUCCUUCCCUUCUGCUCCUCUAUAUUCCUUUUUGCUAACUUCCUUCAUCCUACCAUCUUCUCUUCCUCCUUCCUAUAUCAUUCUUCUCUGCCUUCCCACUCCCCUUAUUUUUCUUCCCUUUGCCUUAAUUUUUUCACAUUCUUGCACCUCGUCAAUUUGCCCACCUUUUAUCCUCCUAUAACCUGCACCCUCUUCCAUCCCUCACCCUCCUCCCCUCCCAACUGCAUCCCUCUAUCCCUAGCCUUGCUUUCUUCCGCUCCCUUCCUCUCUACAAACUACCCUCACUUGCCUCCUUCAUCCUCCCCAUUUUUUCCCCAGGCCAUCAACCUUGACUCUCCUUGAAUUCCACCCUUUUCCCAUCCCUUCCCUCUUUCAGUAACCCACUCGUCCAACUCUACCACUCUAAACACUUUCCUUCCAUCCCCUUCUACAUCUUCCCAACCCAUCUCUUUCUAGCCCCAUCUCCUCAAUCCUCCCAUCCUUCCCCUUCUCAUCUCCUUAAUUCUCCCAUCCUUCCCCCUGCCCAUCUCAAUCCUCUCCUUCCCAUCUCCUCAAUUCUCCCCUCCUUCCCCUUCC